AUGAGAGAAAUCCUUCACAUUCAAGGAGGACAAUGUGGAAACCAAAUCGGUUCCAAAUUCUGGGAAGUUAUCUGUGAUGAACACGGUGUUGAUCCUACUGGACGUUACAAAGGAACUGCCGCUGAGUCCGAUCUUCAACUUGAACGUAUCAAUGUUUAUUUCAAUGAAGCUUCUGGUGGACGUUAUGUUCCUAGGGCUGUGCUUAUGGAUCUAGAGCCUGGUACUAUGGAUAGUAUCAGAUCUGGUCCCUAUGGACAGAUCUUCCGUCCUGAUAACUUUGUGUUUGGACAGUCUGGUGCUGGGAAUAACUGGGCGAAAGGUCAUUAUACUGAAGGCGCUGAGUUGAUCGAUGCUGUUCUCGAUGUUGUUCGUAAAGAAGCGGAGAAUUGUGAUUGCUUGCAAGGAUUCCAGGUUUGUCACUCACUUGGUGGAGGGACUGGAUCUGGCAUGGGAACACUACUGAUUUCCAAGGUAAGGGAGGAGUAUCCAGACAGGAUGAUGCUCACAUUCUCUGUUUUCCCUUCUCCAAAGGUGUCUGACACUGUUGUAGAACCAUACAAUGCUACAUUGUCUGUGCACCAAUUGGUGGAGAAUGCUGAUGAAUGUAUGGUCCUUGACAACGAAGCUCUAUAUGAUAUUUGUUUCAGGACUUUGAAGCUCACUACUCCAAGUUUUGGUGACUUGAACCAUUUGAUCUCUGCAACCAUGAGUGGUGUUACUUGCUGUUUGAGAUUCCCUGGCCAGCUGAACUCAGACCUGAGGAAAUUGGCUGUGAAUUUAAUCCCCUUCCCACGUCUUCACUUCUUCAUGGUGGGAUUUGCCCCACUAACCUCUCGUGGAUCACAGCAAUACAUAUCCCUAACAGUGCCAGAGCUUACUCAACAAAUGUGGGAUGCCAAGAACAUGAUGUGCGCCGCAGAUCCACGUCAUGGACGUUACCUGACAGCUUCUGCCAUGUUUAGGGGUAAGAUGAGCACAAAGGAGGUAGAUGAACAGAUGAUCAAUGUGCAGAACAAGAACUCAUCCUACUUUGUUGAAUGGAUCCCUAACAAUGUCAAGUCUAGUGUGUGUGAUAUCCCACCAACUGGGCUGAAGAUGGCAUCCACAUUUGUUGGCAAUUCAACCUCCAUUCAGGAGAUGUUUAGAAGGGUGAGUGAGCAGUUUACUGCCAUGUUCAGGCGCAAGGCUUUCUUGCAUUGGUACACAGGUGAAGGAAUGGAUGAAAUGGAGUUCACUGAAGCCGAGAGCAACAUGAAUGAUUUGGUUGCAGAAUAUCAACAAUACCAGGAUGCUACAGCAGAUGAUGAGGAAGAGUAUGAUGAUGAGGCCGCUGAUGAUCAUCAAUAUGAAUCCUAA